GUGUGCGAGGUUUAAACUGCAGGGAGAGACUAAAGCUCUUUUAUUGGUGGAAGAAGAUUGGAAAAUGGAGUUGAAUUGGGAUUCAUAUUGUUCAUCGUAUAGUGAGGAAAAUGAUGUGGACACUGGUGGCAGGGGAGAUGCAGCCGAAAACCAGGCUUGAAAAACUACUUAAUGGGGUCCAAUCUUCACUUCAAGACUCAUUUACCUUUCAUUGGAAACUACCUUGAAUACCCUCACAACUAUGUGUAGUUAUGUGUUUUGAACCUUUUGCAGAUUUCUCAUUAUUACCCCAGAUUAACCAGCUAUUCUCCUAGCACUAAUGUUUUUGGUUACUUGAAUGAUUUGGGAUCUUCACAGGAUCAUCUUUCAUGGGCAUAGAAUACCAAUUUUGAAUGUGGUUUUGGGGCAAGUGCCAUAAGGUUAUUUAGGCAGGAUUUGGAUCUCCCUCAUUCAGUGUAUGUUUUUCAAAUUUUGUAAACAGUAUUAUCAGUC